CUUAACAACUACCGACGAUCGAUUACGCAAGAUGACUAUUCUGUCGAAGAAGAAGACGAACGCCUCGAAAGAUAGACGAGAAGGAGGCAGCACUUCCGAAGUCGAUGUUCACGGAGUGCAAAACGAGCAUGGCUCCGGAUCCAUCGCAUUACCGAAUAGCCCAUAUCAGGUGCGUGCAGCGAACGGUUUCGCGGUCGAUCUUCAUGGGGUUCAGACCGAUCACGGAUCUGGUUCUAUAGUCCUCACAGGUGGCUCAUACGAGACAACUGUUGAUCGACGAGAAGACAAACACUUCGAAGAAGGAAGUGGUCCGAGUCAUGGAAAACGUCACAGACAAAGAGCAAGUCCACACAGUAUAUACGUUACUUGUUCUGUUAUUAAAUGUUUAGUAAAUUUAUGUUUCACCUUGGAAAGAGAUAGGGGUAGAGAGAGAGACAGAGAGAGGGAAAGGGAACGCGAAAGACAGGCUACACCACCCACUGCAUCUUGCAGUGGCUUGCAAGCUACAGAUGGAGCUACUGCAAACUUGGAACCCGAAUUAGCUAACGGUUACAAUAGUGGGGAUGAAUAUACUGGUAGAAAUGAAAAUAAUAUGACUUUGGCUGAGUGGCAGGAGCGGGAUAGGUGGUUCGAAAAGCGAAUGCGCAAAAUGGGGUUUAUUAUUAAAAAGAUGGGAGAAGAUGGAGCGUGCCUGUUCAGAGCUGUUGCAGACCAGGUUUACGGUGACCAGGAAAUGCACGGAGUAGUGCGAAAACAUUGUAUGGAUUAUAUUGCUUCCAAUCAGGAGUUCUUUUCUCAUUUCGUGGCAGAAGACUUUAGCACGUACGUAGAUAGGAAACGGCAGGAAUAUGUUCAUGGAAAUCAUAUUGAAAUGCAAGCAAUGUCUGAAAUGUAUAAUCGUAGCAUUCAGUUGUACUGCUACAGCACGGAACCCAUCAACAUCUUUCAUACAAUGGUCGAAAGUGAUAACGAACCGAUACGAUUGUCUUAUCAACGCGGUAGUCAUUAUAAUAGUAUAGUGGAUCCGUAUAAAGCUACCGUCGGUGUUGGGCUUGGUCUACCGGCGUUCAAUCCUGGUUCAGCUGAUCGACAAUUGAUAUCCGACGCAGUUCGUCAAAGCGAGGAAUUACAGAUUGAACAGACUAUGCUGGAGGAUAAAAUAAAAGCAACCGAUUGGGAAGCAACGAACGAAGCCAUAGAGGAACAAGUCGCCAGAGAAAGUUACUUGCAGUGGUUGAGGGAUAAUGAAAUGCGAAAAGCACGAUCAGCCAGUAGUAGCAGUACAAGUACGGUGACAAGCGCGCAACACAGUCUUACCCAUUUCCAUACUCAUGGUGGUCGUGGCCAGCAACGUAGCCACACUUCCUCUCCAACUACGACACAAACUAGCCAAGACACUUUACGUAACUCCCCGAAGGUGAAUGAUGCGGUAAGGUACAGUAAGAGGUCGCCGCAGCACCAGUCGGCCCAGGGUUCUACUAUAUCUCACCUUGCCACAGAUUUUGAACCUAAAAUUUCCCAAGAACCGAUGCCAGGCAGUAGUAAGGAAGCUCACGCUUCGCCAGAUAUAUCGAUGUUUAAUCGUCUUCCUCCCGAAGUGUUUGGUCUAACGGAUUGGGAAGAUAGCGAUGUACUCUCACAAGUUUUGGCGACAUCGCAACAGGAAUACUUGGACAGCUUGAAACAAUCACGAAGUUCUCCAUCAUCCGGAAGCGAUACUAAUAAUAUAUUAGAUUCUAGUAACAGUUAA